AUGGCAAAGCCAGCCACCCUCUGCUGGCUGUUCGCCACUCUGGUAUCUGCAACGACCUCCUUGGCCUCCUCUUCCCUGAGACCCAGAGACGCUCCUAGCGAUGACUUACUUGCUGCUUGCCCGGGCUACCAGGCCAGCAAUGUGAAGACUACAGCGACAGGCCUCACUGCUGAUCUAUCCCUGGCCGGGACUGCAUGUAAUGUGUAUGGGGACGACCUGCAAAAUCUCACACUCGAGGUGACCUACGAGACAGCCACCCGCGUUCAUGUCAAGAUCCAGGAUGCAGCAAACUCCGUCUACCAAGUUCCUGAGUCUGUCUUCCCGCGGCCGGCCAGCAACUCCAGCGGCAAUGCCACAUCGGCCCUCAGAUUCAGCUAUGUCGAGUCGCCUUUCUCCUUCGACAUCUCGCGCAGCGACACAGGGGAGGUCCUUUUCGACACAUCGGCCGCCAGCCUCGUCUUUGAAUCGCAGUACCUGCGCCUGAGGACCAGCCUGCCCGAGAAUCCCAACCUCUACGGCCUGGGCGAGCACUCGGACCCUUUCCGCCUCAACACCACCGACUACAUCCGCACGCUGUGGUCGCAAGACGCGUACGGCACCCCCAACGGCGCCAACCUGUACGGUAACCACCCGGUGUACUUCGAACACCGCGGCGCCGCCGGCACCCACGGCGUCUUCCUGCUCAACUCCAACGGCAUGGAUGUCUUCCUCAACCGCACCGACGAGUCUGGCCAGUAUCUCGAGUACAACACCCUCGGCGGGGUGCUCGACUUCUACUUCAUGGCCGGGCCCGGGCCCCUCGACGUCUCGCGCCAGUACGCCGAGGUCGCCGGCCUGCCCGCCAUGAUGCCGUACUGGGGCCUCGGAUUCCACCAGUGCCGCUACGGCUACCAGGAUGUCUACGACGUGGCUGAGGUUGUUUACAACUACAGCCAGGCCGCCAUCCCCCUCGAGACCAUGUGGACUGACAUCGACUACAUGGAUCUGCGCAGGGUCUUUUCGCUCGAUCCGGAGAGGUUCCCCUUGGACUUGAUGCGAGAGCUUGUUGAUCAUUUGCACAAUGCUGACCAGCAUUAUAUUGUGAUGGUUGACCCAGCAACCGCCUAUUAUGACUACCCACCGUUCAACCGUGGAGUUCAGGACAACAUUUUCCUUCUCCGCGAGAAUGGUUCCGUCUGGCAGGGUGUUGUGUGGCCAGGUGUCACUGCGUUCCCCGACUGGUUCUCUCAAAACAUCUCGGCCUACUGGGACAAUGAGUUCGCUCUCUUCUUCAGCCCGGAGACUGGAGUCGACAUCGAUGCCUUGUGGAUUGAUAUGAAUGAGCCCUCGAACUUCGCCUGCAACUUCCCCUGCGACGACGCCCCCGAACAAGCAGCGGCAAUCGGCUACCCUCCUCAGCCACCAGCUGUACGAACGUGGCCGCGCCCGCUUCCCGGCUGGCCUUGUGAUUUCCAGCCUCCAGGCUCAGACUGCAACGCAACUGCGCAGCUUGGAGCAAGGGCUGUCCACAAGAGCGGCCUUGAGCUCCGUGGAUCAAUCUCAGGCCAACCUCGGGGACCCUCUCCUGAACAACUUGAUCUUCGUGUCCGGCAAGAGCCAGGAGAGCAGAUGGGUCUUCCUGGGCGCGACCUUCUGUACCCAAAGUAUGCUAUCCACAACAAAGCCGCCUUCCUUCCAGAGUGGAAUGCAGCAGAGGGGGGCAUUUCAAACCAUACCGUAAACACAGAUCUUAUUCACCAGAACGGCUUGGCAAUGUAUGACACGCACAACCUGUACGGCUCGAUGAUGUCGGUGGCAUCCCGUGAGUCCAUGCUUGCGCGACGACCAGAACUGCGGCCCCUGAUCAUCACGCGCUCGACGUUCGCGGGUGCUGGUGCGAAGGUGGGCCACUGGCUCGGCGACAACUUGUCGACUUGGAAUCAUUAUCGCUGGUCUAUCCGGAUGAUGCUGGCUUUCUCCUCUAUUUACCAGGUCCCGAUGGUUGGUUCUGAUGUCUGUGGCUUUGGUGACGACACGACUGAGUCCCUCUGUGCUCGCUGGGCACUGCUCGGUGCCUUCCAGCCCUUCUUCCGCAACCACAAUGCAUAUAUACCGACGAUCUCCCAGGAGUUCUACCGCUGGGAAUCGGUCGCCGAGGCCGCGCGCAAGGUCAUCGACAUCCGCUACCGGCUUCUCGACUACAUUUAUACAGCACUGUACCAGCAGACCGUCGACGGAACACCGCUGCUCAAUCCCGUGUUCUACUUGUAUCCCGAGGAUGAGGAGACAUUCGGGCUAGAGCUAGAGUAUUUCUACGGCGACGCCCUGCUCGUCGCCCCCGUGACGGAGGAGAACAGCACCAGCGUCGACGUCUACCUCCCCGACGACGUGUUCUACGACUGGUACACAGGCGUGCAGGUCAACACGACCGGCGGCUACACCACGCUGACGGACCAGAACCUCACGGACAUCCCGCUGUUCCUCCGCGGCGGCGUGAUCGUGCCGCUGCGCGCCGAGUCGGCCAUGACGACCACGGAGCUGCGGCAGAAGGACUUCGAGCUGCUCAUCCCGCUGGGCCAGGACGGCACCGCCCGCGGCCAGCUGUACCUGGACGACGGCGUCAGUCUCGACCAGGGCGGCGCCACCACCUUCGUGCAAUUCGUCUAUGCUGACGGCAAGCUGGCCGCCACGGGCACCUUCGGCUACGGCACCGAGGUCAACGUCUCCAAGGUCACCAUCCUCGGGUCCGGUAGCGGCCAGACGAAGCGAGAUGAUUCCAAGGUUGUCCAGGCCAGGGAAGCGGCGGAGCCGGUGGAGAGGGACGCGGUCAGCGGCGCGCUGAGCUUCAGCUUGAAUAAACCCCUGACAGAAGGGUUUGAGAUAGAGCUCUCCACCUCGUGA